UGUUUUUGUAUCUGCUGUAGAGAGGAUUCAACCGCCAAGUAAGUUACGCUCUGCUGUGGUUAGCCCAGGAAGUUACAGAGCAGUUUAUUUUCCUUUUUCCCCCCACAAGCAAACAACUGGAUUUAAUCGGAUAGAGAAACACGGAUGAUGUCAGAGUCAUAAGAUGUAGUGAGGGGGCUUGGUGUCUUUUUUUUUUCUUUCUUCUCCUCUCUUAAAGGGAAUCUGUUAAUCUUGUGAGACACUGUUAUUACUGUGGAGCUAACACAGUCAAGCCUCAUGUUUUCGUCAAGCCAGGAGGAGCACUGCGCCCCGUCCAAAGACCCGGUGAAGUACGGGGAGUUGGUGGUGCUGGGGUACAAUGGCUCUCUGCCCAAUGGAGAUCGGGGUAGACGGAAAAGCAGAUUUGCGCUUUUGAAGAGGACCAAAGCCAACGGUGUUAAGCCGAGCACCGUGCACAUCCUCAACACACCCCAGGAUAGCAAGGCUGUGAACUGUAAAGGCCAACACAGCAUCUCCUACACGCUGUCCAGGCACCAGACGGUGGUGGUGGAGUACAGCCAUGAUAAAGACACAGACAUGUUUCAGAUUGGACGUUCCACGGAAAAUCCCAUAGAUUUUGUGGUUACUGACACCGUAGCGGGAGGCCAGGAUGGAGAGGAGACUCAGAUCACCCAGAGCACCAUCUCUCGCUUCGCCUGCAGAGUCGUCUGCGAGCGCGACCCCCCCUACACCGCUCGCAUCUAUGCGGCUGGAUUUGACUCCUCCAAAAACAUCUUCCUCGGGGAAAAAGCAGCAAAGUGGAAGAACCCUGAUGGCCACAUGGAUGGGCUGACGACCAAUGGGGUGCUUGUAAUGCACCCUAAAGAAGGCUUCAUGGAAGAGUCCAAGCCCGGCGUCUGGAGAGAGAUCUCUGUUUGUGGAGAUGUCUACACUCUGAGAGAGACCCGCUCGGCGCAGACCCCAGGAAAACUGGUGGAGAAUGAGAGUAACAUCCUGCAGGACGGCUCUCUGGUGGACCUGUGUGGGGCCACUCUGCUGUGGCGCACCGCCGAGGGUCUCUUUCACACUCCCACCCAGAAGCACCUGGAGGCCCUGAGGCAGGAGAUCAACGCGGCACGGCCCCAGUGCCCCGUGGGUCUCAACACACUCGCCUUCCCCAGCAUGCAGCGCAGUCGGGCCUUCUCCUCUCUGGAGGACAAGCAGCCGUGGGUCUACCUGGCGUGCGGGCACGUACACGGCUACCACAACUGGGGCCACCGCUCCGAGCGGGAGCCCAACACCCAGCGGGAAUGCCCCAUGUGCCGGGUGGUGGGACCCUACGUCCCGCUGUGGCUGGGCUGCGAGCCCGCCUUCUACGUGGACACGGGCGCGCCCACUCACGCCUUUGUGCCGUGUGGACACGUGUGCUCGGAGAAGUCGGUCAAGUACUGGUCGGAAAUCCCUCUGCCCCACGGCACCCACGCGUUCCACGCCGCCUGCCCCUUCUGUGCCACGCAGCUCGGCCUCUCUCAGGGCUGGUCCAAGCUGAUCUUCCAGGGCCCGGUGGACUGAUCCGAGGAUCCCUGCUGCCGGAACGUUCUGAGAAAGCGAUCAGAUAAAACCCGUGCUUCAUUUGUGCAAACCAGCCUCGAAAUGGAAUGAGUUUGCUUGAGUUUUGACCGUUUACGUGGAUCCUGUUCAACAGGGAGCCAUUUCAGAUUGUUUAGGAGCUUUUCGGACGGAGUCAGAGAGUGCUCUGUCCAGACAACCAGUUUUAUGCAAGGCUUCGUCGUCAGGAUGUUUCGCAACACUACCAUCAGAUUGCUGCAGAAAGUCUCUUAAACGAAUGACUUAUUUCUCCCACCAGGUGUCUUUGGGUCUGUUGGGAAAGGAAACAGUUGUUUAGUUUCUGAUGGGACGGAGCUUUCACAGAGCCAGACAGCUGGACUGUUGGCUGGGAGAAAAGCCAAGAGGAACUUUGGGGUUUAAUGGCUAAAUAGCAAAAAAAAAAAAAAAAAAAAAAAAAAACGCCUCCAAUCGUUCCUCUUGGCGGUAAACUCUUAAUGGCAUCCAAAUCACGUAACUCGCUAGAAGUGGCUUCCAUUCACCGAACAAACUUUGAGUUGUACAGAGAUGAAAUUCAGUGCCUGAGAUCCCGAUAAAAAAAAAAAGUGGGAAUAUUUUUAUCAGAAAUUGAAAAUAUAUAUAUUUUGUGGAAGGUAAAGGAAGAGGUGACAACCCACGUGUGCUUUACUACACUGAGGCUGUUGGAAUGUUUUGUAACCCAAAUGUUAAUAUAUUUUUCUCCUUCAUAUAUGAUGUGUGUGAGAAUGAAUGCAUGUGUGAUUAGGUGUGUGUGUGCGCGUGUGUGUGUGUGGGUAGGUCGGACUGUGUGGCCCUGCAUCAUUUCACCCCUACCGCUUCUUAUGAUCUCACAUGCCAACCCGAACUGCUAGCAGAGAUGUCGCAGGAAUUAAAAGAAGGUCACCGGGUUUCAGAAUGAUGGUGUGGGAAUCCACCGACUCCUUUCUGCUGGCGCUCUAAUUAUAUGACCUGCUUUCUCAGUUAAUGUCAGGCCCGCUCACAGUCAAAUGUGACAUUUUGGCUUUACAACUGACACCUACGUUGUUGAUCAGCCUUGCACUGCUGUUAGCUUUAUCCUGUACUGGGUCCGAUCCAAGGCUGUUAAACCCUGGCCACGUUCUCAGUGGCAUCGUGAGAUUAUAAUGCAAGAUGGGAGCGGCCACCGAUUUAGUGAUCCAAAGUGAUUCUGUGAACCCAAACUCCUGCAAUGACUGACCACUGACAGGUUGGGAUUACAGCAAAGCCUGUUCUGUACCUUAGCGCAGGGUUCCUACACCCUCCAGAAGACUGUGAAAGUGUCGAAUUAGCUUUUAAAGUGAAAAAGUAUGGAGCAAAAUGAGUAUGGAAAACCGCUGUCUCCACGUUCCACUUGCCAGACAAUGAGAAUAUGAUUUUCUAAUAACUUGCUCAAAGAAAGCGGAGCAAAUUAAUUUGAGUUGUAUAAAAGUAGUCGUGCGUCCUCACAACUCAUUUUAAUUUAAAUUUUUAGAGUUUACAAGCUGACUAUUUCCUACUUUUGUUAGAUAAAAUAAUUUUCUUGCAAUAAGAACCAACUGCUAACAUGACUGUUCUGAUUUCUAAGUUGACAUACGUAUCUAUUGUUUCUUAGUGUUUUCCAACAUAGUAAUAUUUUAUUAUUUUGAGAUGAAGCUCUCUGUCUUAAUGAAAGGUUCAUUAAAACAGAGAGAUAACGAAACUGUUAUUGUUAAAAAAUGAACAUCAAGUUUUAUCUUAAGAUAAUAUAACAGUUGUAACAAAAAAACCCCAACACAAUAUUUUAAUUUUGGGAUAAUGCAACCACUACUGUGGGAAUAAAAUUAGGUCAUCAUUAAAUGUUAUCAUUAAAUGAUAAUAUAAAUUAAGAAUGAAAAACCCAAGAAGUCAUUAGGCUUCCAUUACAAAACAAACUGAACUUGAGGAGACUUUAUCUUGAGAAAAAGAGAUAUCUUAAUGGAAAACCAACAAAAAUAUCAAAACCUUAUCGUCUCAGUAAUGUUUUUUAUAACAUUAGAAAACUAGCACCCUUGUAAUCUUGUAAGAAACAAACAAAAAACUUGCUGACACAAAGUUAAUAUUUAUUUCUCUCAAGAUUUUGAGAUAACAAAACAUCACUGUCAAAAACAAACUAGGUAUUUCAGUUUUGUUAUUUUAAAGUAAUGAGAAAUGAAUAAUGGUAUGACUACACGUUUGAGAUAACUUGAGAUAACUCGUACUGUCAAAAUCGAAACUCGCAGUUUCGCUGCAAAAAAAGUUUGGAGUUUGUUACAUCAGGAUCAGAUGUGUAAAUCGCAUAGAUAAAAGAUAUUUUGGGCUAUUAGAGUGACUAUGUGCAGUUUUUAGUUUGUGUUUCUUCAGUAUUGCUGAUACUAAACCUCAAAUUGGAAGAAAAAAAAAA